CGGAAUUUUCUCUAAUUAAUUCAUUUGUGUGUGUAUAUGGGAUUGUGCACUAGUGUGCGUGUAUGAGCUCUGCUCUCUGGCAGUCUCUGGCGCAGUGCGUAGCUUGGUCAAAAUCAGUUGGUGCAAUACCGGCCUAGAAUGAGCUGCUUGGCUCUACAUUAGCUCCGCAACAAACUCCCAUAAUUAUUUUGUUACGUUUUUUUGUUUGUUUAUUUUUCUAAUGUGCACUGCAAUUGCAAACAAAUAAACUGAAAAGCUGAGACGUGCACAAGUGUUGUAAAAGACUGCAAUUUGUGAACAUGUGCCUGCCCGCCGCUGCUUAGCGAUGAAUCUGAUCCUGCCAACACUGGCAGCUGUGCUGCAUUUGCAUUUAUUGUUGUUGGUGUUGAUUUGCAGCUGCGAAUUUGUGCUACCGCAGCCGUUGCCCCCGGUCCGCCGCAAUAUAAUCAAAGUGCGUGCGACAGGCUUCUUGCCAUUCGAAUCGGAUCUGGUGCUGCCGCUAGGCAUCUUACGCCAGCUGCAAGCACAGGAGCGCGCCUCGCGCGUACUACCGCCCGCACGCUACGCCAAGCCGGCGCGCAGGAAAACCAAGCCAAAGGUCAAGCAACAGCUGCGCCUGGAGCGCGCUCACAUGCGUGGAUCAGCCGAUAAGGAUGCAGGCAUCCAACAGUACAAUCUGAUCGACGACGACGGUGAGCUGUUGCUCAAUCUGCGCGUGCACAGCGACAACGAGAGCCAUAACAACGGCAACAGUCACAGCCACAGCAACCUAGAUGUGGACAAGGGCGCACCCUGGCGACCUUCGAGAUGGCGACCCACAACUAGCGCUCCGCUGAUAACAUCAUCCUCGCCGCGCCCACUGCCGCUGCAUCAGUAUCUGAGCAGCGCUAAUAGCGUGGAGCAGGCUACCAUGACGCAGCAACGACGCAUGUUUGGAGCUCGUCCAGAUUGGAUCUACCACUGACAUACGAGCCCGAUCUUUAAUUACAAAUCUCUUAAUUUAAUUUCAACACACACAUUUGUCAACCACACACACUCACUAUCACACGCACACACACAC